AUGCCAGUUUGCGAGCUCCUGGGAGGCCGCACGGACGUAAAGUUGCCAAUUAUUUCUUCCAUAUACGUUGGAGAGCCGGAAGAAAUGCGUGCUCGUGUUGCUGAGCAUCGAAGCAAGGGCUAUGUUGGUCAUUCUGUUAAGAUUGCUGGAGAGCCUGUCGCUGAUGCGGCUCGGAUCGCUGCCUCACUUGCGGAUAGGCAGCCUGGGGAAUUCUUUCUGGUUGAUGCUAACUGUGGUCUUACUGUGGAAACAGCUCUGCGUAUGUUAAGACUACUUCCCUCAGGGCUUGAUUUUGUUCUGGAAGCGCCCUGUGCAACAUGGAGAGAAUGCGUCUCUCUUCGGCGCAGAACAAAUAUUCCUAUACAUUUUGAUGAACUUGUGGUUUCAGACGCUUCGAUUAUUCAGGCAGUUGCAGAUGACGCUGUUGAAGGAGUUGGCAUGAAAAUAUCCAAAAGUGGCGGGCUCACACACUGCCGGCGCCAGCGAGAUAUUUGUAUUGCGGCGGGAUAUACAUUCAGCGUCCAGGAUACUGUUGGAUCUGAUAUUACUUUUGCUGCUAUUGUUCACAUGGGACAAACUGUUCCGGAGAAAAAUCUACGAUGCAUCCUCGAGCCUCGUGAUAUGGUGACUAUCAAGACGGCCGAUGGCCCAUUUGAAGUUUUUGAAGGAAGUGUCACUGCUCCCAGUCUGCCUGGGCUGGGAAUUACGCCUCGCAUGGAUGUACUGGGAGAGCCUAUAGCCAGCUAUUCCUGA